AGAACGUCCCGAGGCCGUAACUAGAGAGCCAGUCACCCCGGCUCCCUUGUUGCUAUGUGCGUCAGCACGUAGGGGCACGUCUGUCGUUGCUAGGGGAGCUCAACGUGCAGAAGGGAUGACGUAGUGACGCCGAGCCGAGGAAGGGGGAGGGUGCUGGUGCCGCUGCCGCUGGUGAGUCCGGCUGCCAAUACCAUCACUUCAUCAAGAUGAGUAAUAGUCACCCACUCCGUCCUUACACAGCUGUGGGGGAAAUUGACCAUGUUCACAUUUUGUCAGAGAAUGUCGGUGCUCUGAUGAAUGGGGAGGAGUAUAGUGAUGUUACCUUUAUUGUAGAAAAGAAACGUUUUCCUGCACAUAGAGUGAUUCUGGCUGCCAGAUGCCAUUAUUUCAGAGCAUUAUUAUAUGGUGGAAUGAGAGAAUCUCAGCCUGAAGCAGAAAUCCCUCUUCAGGAUACCACUGCAGAAGCAUUUACAAUGCUGCUGAAAUAUAUCUACACAGGCCGCGCUACAUUAAGAGAUGAGAAAGAAGAGGUACUCCUGGAUUUCCUGAGCCUGGCUCACAAAUAUGGAUUCCCAGAACUGGAGGAUUCCACCUCUGAGUAUCUUUGCACCAUACUUAAUGUUCAGAACGUUUGUAUGACCUUUGAUGUUGCCAGUCUCUACUCGCUUCCUAAACUGACUUGUAUGUGCUGUAUGUUUAUGGAUAGAAAUGCUCAAGAGGUGCUCUCCAGUGAAGGUUUUCUGUCACUUUCUAAGGCUGCUCUUCUAAAUGUUGUGCUGAGGGAUUCAUUUGCAGCACCUGAGAAGGAUAUUUUCCAGGCUUUGAUGAACUGGUGUAAACAUAACCCCAAGGAGAAUCAUGCUGAAAUCAUGCAGGCAGUACGCUUACCCCUGAUGAGUCUGACAGAGCUACUAAAUGUUGUAAGACCUUCUGGAUUGCUGUCACCUGAUGCCAUUCUGGAUGCCAUUAAAGUCCGUUCUGAAAGUCGGGACAUGGACCUCAACUACAGGGGCAUGCUAAUAUCAGGUGAGAACAUUGCAACUAUGAAAUAUGGAGCCCAGGUUGUAAAAGGAGAGCUGAAGUCUGCUUUGCUAGAUGGGGACACACAGAAUUACGACUUGGAUCAUGGUUUUUCCCGACACCCGAUUGAUGAUGACUGCCGUUCUGGCAUUGAAAUUAAACUAGGUCAGCCAUCGAUAGUCAACCACAUACGAAUACUACUCUGGGACAGAGAUAGCCGGUCUUAUUCCUACUAUAUUGAGGUGUCCAUGGACGAGCUAGACUGGAUCCGUGUGAUCGAUCAUUCUAAAUAUCUUUGUCGGUCCUGGCAGAAGCUGUAUUUUCCUGCCCGUGUCUGCAGGUACAUCCGAAUAGUUGGCACCCACAACACAGUGAACAAAGUUUUCCAUAUUGUGGCAUUUGAAUGCAUGUUUACCAACAAAACCUUCACUCUUGAGAAAGGUCUUAUAGUUCCCACUGAAAAUGUUGCAACAAUUGCAGAUUGUGCCAGUGUGAUUGAGGGUGUAAGUCGAAGUCGCAAUGCCUUGUUGAAUGGAGAUACAAAGAAUUAUGACUGGGAUUCCGGGUAUACGUGUCAUCAGCUAGGCAGUGGUGCUAUUGUGGUACAGCUAGCACAGCCAUUCAUGAUUGGAUCAAUACGGUUACUUCUCUGGGACUGUGAUGAUCGGAGCUAUAGUUACUACAUUGAGGUUUCCACUAAUCAACAGCAAUGGACCAUGGUGGCUGAUCGAACAAAAGUUUCCUGCAAAUCUUGGCAAGCAAUAACUUUUGACAGACAACCUGCAUCCUUCAUCAGAAUAGUUGGAACUCACAACACAGCUAACGAGGUGUUUCACUGUGUGCAUUUUGAGUGUCCAGCACAAAACAGUGCCCACAAGGAAGAGGGUAACGAGGAAGUGGCAACAGCAGAACUGGGCACUGGCACACAACAGCUUGUUUCUCGCCCAGUUCGAGCCUCAAGCACCAGUUCUCUGCACUCCCUCACUGGAUCCACCUCACGUACACAUGCUCACCAACCAUAAAGGAGAGUGGAAAGGAGCUUUUGCAGUCUCCAUGAUGCUAUACGAAAUUAUUCACAACCUUCUUGUACAGGCACCUUUUUUCUUGUUCUCUCAGUGAACAAAGGGGACCAUGCCUGGCAGCUGGAAAUGCUGAAAUGGAAAAGGCUUUCCAAGGACACAAAAGGGCUGCUUCACUCUCUUCAAUUUGUUCAAAUCAGGCUGGUCUCCUGGGGGAUAAAAUAGAUCUUCAAUCUAUAUCAAGUCCCCCAUUAACACCCUACCUCUUUAAUCUAACCAAGGAAAAGAGAAUGGAAGGAAAUAAAAGGCAGAGCCAGAUUGGAAUACAAAAAUGGCAUAUGAACAGUAGACUGGAGGGAAUAUAAAUUAAGUAUUUGUUACCUGAAGGCACCUAUUAGGAAACAGAAUGAUGAUCUUUAUGACAACACUAUGGAAAAUAGAUUGUUUUUAUUUUUUUAAAUUAUUCUUAAUCCAUAUUCCUUUGUAAAUGAUAAGCUGUUUUCUAAAUCAUUUUGACUGGGUAUCCGACUUUUCCCUUAUUUUCGGCUGUAGUACAUACAGUACAAUAGAUUAGGGAAGUAACAGACAUGUGUAUCACCUAGUAUGACAAGGAAAAAACCCUCAUGAUAAAAACAAAUCAAUUCAUGGAUGCUGUAUUUAAUUCUGACUUUACUUGAAUUAUUGAGUUAUGAAAUUGUCAUUUCUUAUCUAUGUUCCAAGUGGGAAAUUCCUAGUCAAGCUUCCAAUUUGACAAGUAGAUAACUAUCUGCUUAAUUCAAAGAUGAUUCUUCAAGUUUUACUUAAAUUUCUACAAAAAUUAUUGUAAUUUGUCAUUUGUAAUUACAGCUGACCACUGGCAUGCUGCUGAUCAGACUCACCAAUACAAAAAUGAGAAUUUGCAGUCAAAAAUAUUUUAAAGAAAAUAAUAGACUACAGUGUUCAACUAGGGAUUUAAAAAGCCACUUAUAUGCUUUUCUCAUAAUCUUCAUGGAAAAAAAUUAAUGUAACUAUUGUAGUUUGAUCUCACUCUUCAUUGGUUCUUGCUUUAGUAAUUUACAUCUCAGUGUUAACUGUCCUACUUCUCCUUUGUAACUUGAUCAGAUUAUCUGCUUUUUUUCUUAAUCUUGAGCAUUUUCACAUUGUGAUCACCAGGAUCCUCUAAUCUCCAGUCCAUAUGAUUUAGCAAAAGCUCCACAUCUCACUGGGCUUGCCACUGUGGGAAGAAGAGGUUCUGUUUUUACACACAAUAUUGAUGUCAUUGGCAAAAAUAAUUAGGAAAGAUUGAUAUUUCUUCUGAAGUACAUGACCUUUGGAGCAUCUACUGUCCAAGUUUAUCGACCUGGAAUUUUUUUUUCUGUUGGUCUAAUACACCUUUGCCAGAGCAAAACAAGUCAGAGUUAGUCAAGUCAAAUAUGAUUUUCCUCUGCUUGAACAUAAUGAUAUAAUGAAUUGUAUAUCAAUCUAUCACACUGCUUAACCUGAAAGAAUUUCUUUCUGAAUACCAGUUGGGCUAAAAGCAUGAAGGAACAAAUAGCAUGGUGGCUACAAAACAGCAGAGACUUGGCAGAGAAAAAAAGAAAUGUUUCCUCUUUCUGAUAUAUUUCCUGCAAAGUUGAAUAACUUUGGCAAUUUUAUCUUUUUUUCCUUAUCGCCAGACCCAUCUUCAGUCUUUCUCAUCUAGCUCCUGUAUUCCCUCCCCAAACCCUUUGCCCCCAUUGCCUGAAUCAAGAUGGUUCUUAUUGGAGAUGCAUGGACAUUACGUGAUAUAUUAGGUGUCAUGGCUAUCCCUCAUAGUGCUUAGUAGAGGUGCUCUGCAUGUGGAAUGUUGCUCAUGAGCCAUCAGCUAGCACUGGCUGCUGAUUACCACAUUUAUUUAGCAUAGUGGAAUUCAAAGACUAAGUAUUGGGUACAGAGCUCUUUGAUUAACUUCAAGUACAGAGGUAAAAAAUUUUAGACUAAACUUUUAUUUAAAAAGAAACAAACAAAAACCCCUUAACAAUUGUAAUCUUCGCUGGACCUAUUGAGUUGCAUGGAGCCUGCCUUGUCUUUCUUGGUUUGAUCCUUCAGCGUCAGAGUUGACAUUGGCAAGAGACUACAAAUAAACUAACAACUAAUUUCACCAUUCUCAGACUGUGAAUAAACAAAUUACAUCAUUUUCCAGUUUUGUUAGCUCUAAUUGCCACUGUUGUAGGGAGUGUUGUAACAUAAGAAUGAAAUAGAUCUGUACUAUUGUCCCUGGGUUUAGACUCUCACAGACAAAGUGCAGGGUUUUGAAUGUAUACUUCCCAGACAUGGACAAUUAUUUUGUAGAAUACUGCUGAGCCAAAAAAAGACUCUUUAGAAGCCAUCAGUCUACACCCCUCCUUCUGGCAUUCUCUCUGAUCUUGCCCUCUGAGGCUUCAUAGAUCAAAGAUAUCUAUAUAUUCUAGAUUUCUGUUACAUCUACUAGCCACCCAGGCCUCUAUUCACCCCAGUUUUGGGACAUGAAGAAUUUGAAAGUUUAACCUAUAGCAGAGUACAUGUGAGAUUUUCUCAAAAUGCAGAGCAACAGGAUCUGUAGAACUUCAAAUAUCCAAAAAAAAAAGUAUGUCAGCCACAGCUGAGAUAAAUUACCUCAUCCUUCCUCACAAACAAAUAGGAAUUUUUUUGAACAUUAUGAUUCCCCAUCAGAUCGUGCCUCUUUCACACACCUGUUAGUCCCCUCUCUGAUAAUUAUUUGUGCUUUGAACCUGUCUCUGAAGUGAGUCAUUGUGUCUGUGUUGGCACAGAAUUUUUAAACCUUUACAAGCCAAAAUAACCCCACCACUUUCCAUUUUGUGGUUUGAAUCUUUUAGUCUUGUAUAACGAGUAAUGUUAGUGGUUUUGGAGUUGUAUGUUUUGAGCAUCUCAUUUUUGCUCAGUCUUUAAAAACCCACAAGAUCUAUUUAUUGCCUUGUAUGCUCUUCUGCCAUGAACAUUCUCUUCCAAUAUAAUGUGCCAGUGGCGAGGCAGGAGGAUUAAUUUAUAUUUUGGUAUAAAUGUCCUCAGCUUUUUCCAGUUCUUUUAUAGAUUUUCUUCAUUGUGAGAUUGCUGCUUAAUUGAAUUCUGGUAUUCAUGUAUGAUUUUUGUCAACCCUGAUCUGAGUUUUUAGCUUGUUUCUUGAUGGAAAGAACUAAAAGCAUAGUUAAGCUGCUUAGAUGUACCAUUAAAUAGUGUGUCCCUUCAGGAUGAUGGGAUAUAUACAGGUACUCUGAACUAUAUAGCAUACAUGUAUAUUUUAUCUGUGAUUGAGAUAGAACAGGACUGACCAGAUGUUCUCUUGUCUCCUGUCAGACUAUAAGAGUUUUGUUGUUAGAUCUCUAUGCUAAUAGCAUUUGUUUAUAUUCUCAUUAUAGAGACAUUGUUUCUAUUUAGCACUUAAAUUGACUUUGACAUUAAAAAUGAAAACUCCACCCUCAGUUUUUCCCUAUUCUUUUUCAUUUCCUCUGUUUUCUCCCAAUGCUAGCUUCAGUUUAGACUAGCAUCAAGCUCAUGUGGUGCUCAGCAGAGUUACCUUUAAAGUUUCCUUUUUUAAUUAAGUAUCUCUUUCUUCCAAAUACAUUAAAAACACUUUUAUUCCCAGAAACGUCUGGCACCAAAGCAAACCAUAUUUUCAGCAAGAGCAGGCCGUAUUUGUAAAACUGAUUUCUCUGGGAAAAUGAGUUUUUGAAUUGAGCAAAAAUUGCUCAGCUCUGUUUUCCAAACCAUUGUCAAGCAACCUUACAAACAAGCUCCUGAAAGAUCAGUUUAGACUUUCUUUAAUUUAAAAAGCAACAAAAAUAUAAUUUUGUCUUUCUCUAGCAAGGAAAACUAGUGUACCACUGAACGAAGCAAAUAUUUUUAUUUUUCCAUGGAGGGACAUUUGAUAAUGCAGAGGCACAGUUUCCCAUUUCAUGAGCCUUCAUUUAAGAAGUUCCUUUUGACAAUGAAGCAAUGUGGUAAAAAGCAAAGAAAAUUAAAUUUGUUUUCUUCCAGGAAUUUGCAGUGUGUACUUUUUAUUUUUACGUUAUCUUUUGCAAAAGUAACAUGUUCAGUUUGAACUAUAACAAAACAAGUGAAUCCGAGGCUGAUGUGAGACGUUUAGUACAGAGGUGAAAUUAGCUUUUUCAUGUAUAGGAAACUUGGUGCUUCAGUGCAGUUUGCUUCCUCUGGAGCACCAUUUCUUUCUCUUUCUUUAGAAAUCAAUUCUGCAUGUUUGUCCUGACUACAACUCCCACUGGAGUUCAGUGCUUAUUAGUGCUGUGGAAAAUUCUAAUGCAGUUAAUGCAUCUUCACCUUAAUGUAUUUUUAUUAUUAUAACAUUAAGUUAGAGAAUUUUCUGUAUUGUAUCUGCUUUGACAAGUUGGUAGGCUCUUCUGAUAGAGGAGGAAGGUGAAAGGUCAAGAUUAAGGCGCUACUUGAAUUGUGAGAUGAUUGUCAUAUAAUUGCGGUUGAGUUGCAGACAAGACAUGGGAAAUUGUGGAAAAGUAAUAAUGGGCCUAUAUUAUUUGCAGUAAUUUGGAAAAUGCGCUCCCUCUGUCAGCCAUGCAUGGGAUUGACAGUGGAAGCUCCCAGUGUCAGCUACCUGGCUGAUGGACAGGGUUCCUGCUGUCAGCUGUGCACGGGGCUGAGGGCCAGGGAUCCAACUGUCAGCGCCCAUCUCAAGGAUGGGUUCCGCUGUCAGCACCACGCAUGGGUAGGCUCCUGCUGUCAGCUGCCAGACUGACAAAAUUGCGGUGGAAACCUUAUAUUGCAGAAUCCCCAAUUUCUGCAAUAUCACAAGUUAAGUAGGGCCUUAGUCAUGAUGUUGGUAAUUCAAUACUGUAGGUAAAUGAAACCGAUUUUUCAGGGUUUUGUCAAUUGACAAAAUAUGAAGUUUUAAUAUCUACAGAUCAUUUAACAAUAUUAUGCAUAGCCAGAGUCAGUGCAGAGACUAGAAGUUAAAGUUACUAGAGUUUAUUAUUGCAUUGUUAGAUAGAGCUACUAGUUCUGUUUGACCAAAAUGUUUGCAAUGCCCACCCAAGAAUAUAAAAUAUGGAAUCAGAGACUAGACUAACUCAGUUUUGAACUUUUCUGGCAAAUGGGAAUUUUGUAAUUAUUUUCCUUUUAGGAAGUAUUUGUGGUCUUUAUAUAAGUUUUGCAAGGUGCUGAGAUACCAUUGGGGUGAGUUUGGAAUACAUUUUUAGGAAGUUAUAGUAGUGAUGGUUGUAGCCAUUAGGAAACAUCAAAGCCAGUUAAAAACAACAAUCUUGUGCAUGCAUAAAGUCAAAUUAGCUGCCAUGGUGCAAGGACAUAUUUUAGAAAUAUUAAUUUACAGGU